CUCGGCCGAGGGGGCGUCUGAAUUGUCCGUUGGUUGUGGGGAGUGUCGAGGGACCGCGUUCCCGGUGAAUGUCGAGGGGACUGACGUUUAUCUGAACGCUCGAGUGCAUUACCUGCUAUGGUGAUGGCACACAGUCUCUGUUACAGCUCCUUGGCACCCUCAAGCAGACAGCUGUUUCAGUCACCUGGAUUGGAUGUGUAUGGGAGAAAUGCAUCACAUUCAGCAGCACACAUCCAGAAUCCAAAACAGCAGCCGGAAUGCUUUAUACCAGUGUAUUGUAAUCCCGCUUUACAACUAAAUGGAAAUGGCUUUAGGCAGACAGAUGGUAUACAUGAAAACAUGGACAUUGCUAUGGAGACUCCCGUAUGCAAUCCUUUGAAUGGAAUGAGAUCUACUGCAAAUUAUGAAUUUAGGCACAUGCCCAUGAGGAAUGAGUUUUGUUCCAGAAGGAAGCACAAGCGGGAGCAGGAGGAAGAAGAAGCUCCUGUUCAAAAGAAACGUUUAACUGAGAAGAUGCUGGAUUACCUGGUACCUUCGGGAAACAUUUCAUGCAGCUCUUGGCCUUACAUUCCAUGUCCCCAGGGAAAUGGGGUAUCUGAUGUUGCCUCCACUUCCUGGCAGGAUGAAUCUACCUCACAGGAAUAUAGGGCGGUUGAGAACAAAGAGGGCUGCAUGGAGGUGAAAACUGAUCCAAUCCAAACCGGACUGGAAAGGCUGAAGGAAAUUGAAGAUCGACUGGAUGGGAGAGAUGAUCCAGAAAUUGACACGGUUGAGAUUUCAGAUCUGCCGGUACUGAUCUUGUCUGAAUCUCUCCGAGAAGAACUGAAACAUGGCCUGGAAGAAGUUUUGCCUCAUACAAUAAUGGAAUCCCUGAAUCGUCCAUGCAUGGAACUUGUUCUGUGGAGACCCCCAUGUGAGCCUCUUUCAGAUAAACUUGCAGCUUUAACAGAGCAAAGGAAGUCCAAGCAUAGGGAACCACAAUGUGAUCCUGAUUUAUACAACAAGAACACAAAACUGGAUUCAUCCUUGAUGUGUGGUGAUAUGAAUCAAACCAGCGCAGUUGAAGAGGACAUGGAGCUUUAGAGGCAGCUUGCGGCACAGAUCUGUGGGGUAAAAGCAUUGUAACUUGCAAAGAUUCUCCAUCAGCGGGAAAUGGAGUAUUGUUAACGUUUUAAAGAUUUUAAGUGACACCGAGGUUUUGAUGUCCCCACUGUUCUCGCAUAAACCAAACACUGAAGCUAGUCAUUGCUGCAGUCUUGUGUAGUGUCUGUGACUGCACAUAGAUAUCCUUUCUAUAAAUAUAUUUUUAAGUCUGUUCCUAUUGCAACCAGUUUAUCUCUGCUCUGGAAUAAUCAGCCAUAGGCUGUCCAGUGUCAAAUAUUUACUUGUGAUUGGUUUUAAGAAAAUAAGUGCCGUAAUUUAUAAUGCUCUUGAAAUGCUAUUUCGUUUUCUAUGUAAUACAUGACAAGAUAGGGAAGUGGUAGAAGCAUUCCAUGAAGUGUACAAGAGAUUUGUAUGGAAUAUGGAUGUACAUGGAAGUAUUGUUUGACUCAACUUUGGCUGAAAAUGUUUUAACUAUGAACUUAUUUGGUAUUGAGCUCAAGAUAAAGAUUAAGUUUUCUUGCACUAUAUACAAAAUGGAGAGAAAACUAAAUAAAAAUUGAGGGGUAUUGUAUAAAAAAGAAAUGUGCACUUAAGAUCUCUACUUGUCAAUGUCACAGCUAUUAAUCUUUUCGUAUAUACUUGUUACAUUCUAAGCAUUUGUGUGUUUGCUCUUUUUCACCCACACCCAAAAAUUGUGUUAGGAAAAGUGUAAAAUAAGAAAGCAACCACUUCCACAAUAAGUUGUGAUAUGACUCAAAGCACUCACAAACUGUCAGUAUAGAGCUGACUUUUGGUUUGCAUGAGGCUUGUGUCUUAGCAAGAUGCUGGGCUAAAUCAUUGGGCAUUGGAGGCAUUGCUUAUGACAGUCAGUCAUCCUUGGGUGGGCCUACCUGACUUUCAAAGACAUUCAUGGAUAGGGAUAGUCACUUGCAAAUACUGAUAAUAAGCUGGGGGGGAGGUGCAAACGCCCCUCGGAAGUCUCGGAAUGCUCCUAUUGGCAUGGAACUGGUCAGCUUAGGCAGGUGGUGAAUGGACAUUGAAAGAUUCCUACCAUGUUAUUUUGCUCUUUCAAUUCAAUAUCAAACCCAAAAUCACAUACUUGUAUUGCAGCUUUAAAAAAACCCCCAAUGUGGGUGACCCUGGAUUUUGUUGUCCACAGUAUUGCCUAAAGUAAUUAAAUAAACUCAUACUGGGAUAAACAACUUGGAAUUUUGGAGGGAAGAUGUUGCAUUCCCCUAAGCAGUUUGCAAUGAAAUGUAAUCCGCACCUUCGGGACUUUGGUGCCAGAUCUUUCAACUUGUUGGAUGUUCUAUUAUUAAAACCAAUGUUAAUUCACA